AUGGCUUAAUUGAAUUUAAAAUGGAAUCAAUUAACUCCAAAUUUACAUCCAGAAAUAGUUUAUUCAAUAAUUUAAUCUUUUGAUUUUCACACAAUUAUGCCUGUAUAAAAAGCUUCUAUUCCUUUAUUUAUCUAAAAUUAUGAUGUAGCUGUUGAAGCACAAACAGGGAGUGGUAAAACAUUAGCUUUUUUGCUUCCAUUAUUACAUAUAUUAAUUAAAAACGUUAUAAAACCCAAAAAAUACAACUUAUAUGGCCUUAUAAUGGCACCUACACGUGAAUUAGCCAUAUAAAUUCACGAAAUUUGUUAAAAAUUAUUAGAUAAAAUAUAAAAUGUUCCUAAGUAUUCACUUUAAUUAUGUAUAGGAGGACAUAAUACGUAAAUAGACGUUUAAAAUUUAGAAAAAACUGGAUGUAAUAUAUUAAUAGCAUCUCCAGGAAAAUUAAAAGAAUUAAUUAAUUUAAACUGCGAAUUUUUAAUUAUAAAAAAUUUAGAAAUUUUAAUAAUGGACGAAGCUGAUAGAUUAAUGGACAAUGACUAUUAUGAAGAUAUUUAAUUUAUUUUAUAAAACUUACCAAAAUAAAGAAGAACAGGACUUUUUUCAGCUACACUAAGAGAAUCUGCUGAUAAUUAGAAUUAUAUUAUACCAAAUACAUUAAAAAAUGAAUAUUUUUUAGUUUAAAAUAGAUUUGAAAAAAUAGGAUUUUUAGUUAGUUUUUUAAGUUUAUUUUAAAAUGAAAAAAUUAUUGUUUUUUUAAAUACUUGCGCUAGUGUAGAUUUUUAUUAAAAAAUUUUUUGUUAAUUUUCUAUUACUAAAAAAAUGUCUAUAAGUGCAAUCCAUGGAUAAAUGAAAUAAAAUAAAAGAAAUAAAAUUAUUUAGAAUUUUACAAAAGCCAAAAUAGGAAUUUUAUUUUGUACUGAUGUCGUUGCUAGAGGUAUAGAUUUUGAAAAUGUGGGAUAUAUUUUAUAAGUUGAUCCUCCUUAAGAUCCUAAUUAUUUUAUACAUAGAAUAGGAAGAACUGCUAGAAAAGGAAAUACUGGAAAAGUAAUAUAUUUUCAUAAAAAAAAAUAUUUGAUAAAAUAAUUAAUUUAGGCAAUUAUUUUAAUUGAAUAACACGAAGAAACUUUCAUAAAUUUUUUAAAAUUAAAAUAAGUGGAAAUUAAUUAAUAUAAUAAUGACUAAUAAAUUGAUGUAGAUCCUCUUAAAUAUGAAAAGUAGUUUAUUUAAACAAUGAUUUAAGAUAGAGAUUUUAUUGAAAAAAGCAAAAAAGCUUUUAUUUCAUAUAUAAGAUCAUAUAAAGAACAUAUAUGA